AUGCCUUCCAUUCGCCGGCUGCUCUUUUUGCUUCUGGCAUGCAUUGUGAUCGUGGCCCAGCUUUCUCUCAGUGGGAUCGCGCGGCGAAGCGGCCCUGCGGCCCUGCUCGACGACGACGGUGGCUCCGUCGGGGGUCCAGGUCUCCAGACGUCGGCCGGCCUGACCAGCAGCGGAGCUGGAGCCUCCGACGUUCGAUUGGCCAGCGAUGCUCCACCGGGCGGUGGCAGAACUCUGCAAGUUGUAUUCGUAAAGUAUUAUCAGACUGGCAGCUCUCGAAUGCGCGUCGACGACACCAAUGUCAUGCUUCGAAUGCAAGCAGAUUCUUCCAUCAACUCAACAGGAAUACUGUGCGACGAAUAUCGAAAAGUUUACUGCGGUGGGGUGCUGCGGGCGGAUUUGGUAGUCCAUGUGAAGAUAGAGUGCAGGUGUGAUGCUGGUCACUUAGGCAUUGGAAUGCGGCAUGUGUACGAGCCAGUGGACGGGCUUAUCAAGUUCGGUGGUCUCGAAGCAUUCUUAUCCGGAAAAGCUGGUCCAAACAAGCAUCUCACAAUGGGUGCUUGUAUUGAUGGCCGCGCAGAUGGCAGGUGCUUCAGCGCCUACAUCGUGGCUUCGAAGGAGAUGAAGCGAAGGGCUGACGCUGUACUCGGCACGUCUCCUAGCAAGGCUUUCGUUAUCCCUCACCAUCACAGUAACUUUCAUGAUCGUGUUCGAGAUGCAGGUCUGCCCCCUUCAACGGUAGCCCUAGCAGGUAAGUAUAAGAACAAUGCUCUUGUGAAGAAUUUGUCGUCCUUUCUUCGGCAACAGGGUCUCCGCGAUAUCACGGUUCGGUACUUGCGAGAAAUCAAGUGCAAGGACGGAGCGGCUUUGCCUCCGAGCGAGACCGGAGACUGCUUUGCUCAAGCUCUGAAAACAGUAUCGGUCGGUAUAGCAUGGUGGCAGCCAGGGGAUCCAGACAAGACGGGAGACCCAGGAAUUGAGAGGGUGGCGCUGGUCGAGAACUCCGCCCAGCGGCUCCUGAACUUCCUCGCGGUCGGGGUGCCGGCAGUGGCCUUCGCAGGCUACGAGGCGAUGCAAGACGCGCUGGAGGGCGCACACCACCUUGGAGCGGCAGCCGACGAGCCCUCGCUGCAGCUGCGGGUGCUGGGCCUCCUCCGAGACCCUGCAGCUAUGGACGAGGCCCGGCGCGAGGCCCUCGAGAUCGCCCGUCGCUUUGCGCCCGGGGCCGUCGGCGGCAUCUACCGGGCUGCCCUGCCGGAGAUGGCGCGGCUCGGGCGCCUGGCCGGAUGA